UAAAACUCCCUAAAGAGUUUUUCAGCACUACGUGUGCUGGACAGCUCCCCCUCCAGAAUGCCUGGGCGUUGAAACCAGUAAGGUGGACUGGGUAGCUCCUGGGCCCAAAGGCAGAACUCUCUAGUUAGCAGCAUUCCUACGCGGUUGGGUGGUCAUUCCGACUUUAACUCCCAUUGGCUAUGACAGCAAUUCGGAGCAGGACUUAGAUGGUGGUCACUAUCGCUUCUUCUCCCUGCCUCAGAGCCAAACGUUCCCUCCUCUGGAAGCUAAACAGCUUCAAACCAAAUUCCGGGAGGCUCCGCCCAGCAGAGGGAGAGCUGGGCGAAUGUAUAAAUGAUGGACUGAGGCAAGGGAGGAUCCAGCUUGCCUGAAGCCCCUCACCUGGUCUCUGUCAGAGACGGACUGAAACACAGCCCAGGAAGAGGCUGGGGGGCCAUCAGAGACGGUGGAAGGAGCUGAACAGUUUCAUAGAUCCUGGAAGGCUGUUUUCGCUACUUUUGCCAGGGGAUUGAAGUCCUGACCAUGAAGUUAUAUCAGUCCCGUCACUCCAUCCAUCGGACUUUGUGAGAAAGGACUUCGGGAUGCACCCUUCAGAACAGAAGCAUCUUGAAGCUAAUUAUUUAGGCAAGCAGAAAGCCGAGUUCUGGAUCUCGUUGUGUUCCCCUCAUCUUCCCAACGUUGGCGAGUCUUUUCUGACCCUGGAGAAUUGCCUUUGGCUGGAGAAAUGACACCACGGAAGGUCUCUCUCUUUUAACCCUUUAGUGUUUGCCCACAGACAACUCCUCCUUUUGUGUUUUUGGUGGGAGAAAACUUGGAAGAAAGGACGAACCAGAAUUUCUUUCCUGACCCCGAGACAAAUCUCUUUGCUCUCUCUUGUUGCAGUUGAACUCCGGAGCUCCCCGGAGCUGGGAGAAUGGCUGGGGAGCUCGCUCUCAACCUCUCUGUGCAGCCCACAGGAGGAAAUGUCAGCAACGCAUUGGUGCCGGGUGUGCUGGAGACAGACCUUCUGCCUCCUACCCGGGGCACAGCUUUGUUUGUCAUCCGCUGUGUGAUCCCUUCGCUUUACCUGCUCAUCAUCACCGUGGGCUUGCUAGGCAACAUCACGCUAAUGAAGAUCUUCAUCUCAAACAGCGCUAUGAGAAGCGUGCCCAAUAUCUUCAUCUCCAGCUUGGCCGCCGGAGACCUCUUGCUGCUGGUCACUUGCAUGCCGGUGGAUGCCUCCCGCUACCUCUUCGAGGAAUGGAUGUUCGGGAAGGUGGGCUGCAAACUCAUCCCUGCCAUCCAGCUCACCUCGGUGGGCGUGUCCGUCUUCACUCUCACCGCCCUAAGCGCAGACAGGUACAAAGCAAUUGUAAAUCCCAUGGAUAUCCAAACAUCCAAUGCAGUUCUGUGGACCUGUUUUAAAGCUUUUGCCAUCUGGAUAAUCUCCAUGAUGUUAGCAGUUCCUGAAGCAGUCUUCUCUGAAGUGGCCCACAUCAAUGGCACAGAUAACAUCAGUUUCAGGGCAUGCAUACCAUACCCACAGACAGAUGACCUGCAUCCGAAGAUCCACUCUGUGCUGAUAUUCUUAGUAUAUUUCCUUAUUCCGCUCACCAUCAUUAGUAUCUACUACUAUCAUAUUGCUAGAACUUUAAUUAAGAGUGCACACAAUAUUCCUGGAGAAAAUAGUGAGCAUUCUAAAAGACAGAUGGAAACUCGAAAGCGUCUGGCAAAAAUCGUUCUUGUCUUCGUCGGCUUUUUUGCUGUCUGCUGGUUCCCUAACCAUGUAUUGUACAUGUACCGGUCCUUUAAUUACAGUGAGAUUGACCCAUCUCUCGGACAUAUGAUCAUUACUUUAGUGGCCCGAGUACUGAGCUUCUGCAACUCCUGCGUCAAUCCAUUUGCAUUGUAUUUUCUGAGUGAGAGCUUUCGGAGACAUUUCAACAGUCAGCUUUGCUGCAGGAGGAAAUCUCAUCAUGAGAGAUCCACAAGUUAUCUGCACAGCUCCUCUGCUGUACGAAUGACUUCUCUGAAGAGCAAUGCCAAGAACACCAUGACCACCUUAACUUUACUGAAUGGGCACAACUUGAAACAGGAAAUGUCAUUAUGAUUUCAUCAGUGCAGCACUUGACUUGGGAAUAAAUCUAAGCUUUUAUUUUGUAACUAUGUCAGUAUCUGAAGGUGCUUUUGCUAAUCUUUGAAAAAGAAUUGAGCCAGAUCUCUCAGUCUGGGAUCACUGAAUUUCUAACUUCAAAUUACAGGCAGUCCCCGGGUUACAUGGAUCCGACUUACAUCGGAUCCCUAC